GCGCUAUAAAACCCUGCUGGAGGAAAAAAAAUAGUCCUAUCAGACCGUGAGGCGCGCGGCAGCCAGGGUCCGUGAAUGAGAAGUUUGAUCUGGUUUCUGCUCAUCUUGGACGAAGCCUUUUGAUUCAUGAGUGGAUUUUAACAGCCUUUAGGACCGAGCACGUGAGGAGCAGGAGCGUGCUCAGUCAAGUUGAGAGCAACAUGGCUGUCUCCACUCAACUGGGUUUACUUCUGUGGAAGAACUUCACCUAUCGACGGAGACAGACAAUCCAGUUCGUGAUCGAGCUCAUCUGGCCUCUCUUCAUCUUCUUCAUCCUGAUCUCAGUCCGGAUGCACUACCCUGCAUAUGAGCAACAUGAAUGUCACUUCCCAAACAAGGCCAUGCCCUCUGCAGGUACUCUGCCUUGGGUACAAGGAAUCAUCUGCAAUGCCAACAACCCCUGCUUUCGUAAUCCGACCCCAGGAGAGAGUCCCGGAGUGGUGGGGAACUUCAACGACUCCAUAAUCUCCCGUUUGUUCAGCGACGCCAAGAAGAUCCUGCUUUAUUCUCAGAAUGACAAAAGCUAUGAAGGCUACAAAGGACUUCUGAGGGCACUGAGGAAGAUGCAGAGAAAUACAGCUCACUUUAAGCUGAAGGACUUUCUCAGAGACAACGAGACUCUUUCCCACUUCUUGCACCACAAUGCUUCACUCCCCCAUCAUGCUUUGAAGCAGAUCGUGGAGGCGGAUGUAAACCUGGAGAAGGUGCUGACUAAAGGGUUUGGCUUUCAUCUCAGGGACCUCUGCAACGUCACACCGCUGGAAGAGUUUGUGCACAUCGCUGAUCGGAACGUGUCUCUUCUCACUCAAGAAAUCAUUUGCAAGUCCUCCAGCGAUUGGCUGAACAAAGCUCAGAGCCACUUUCUGUCCAACCUGGACUUCUUCAAGCCCAUCCGGAAGGAUGUCAAGUCAGACCCAAAGGUUGUCCAGGAAGUCUCCGUUGCAACCGACAGUCUCCUGGAGAGCCUUGGAGCCUUGGCUGUUGAGCUGUCCAGUAUGAAUAGUUGGAAGGAUAUGAGAAAGGAGAUCCUCUACCUCACUGCCAAUGCCACCAGCUCGCCAAAUCAGAUGUACCAGGCCGUGUCACGCAUCGUGUGCGGACACCCUGAAGGGGGUGGACUCAAGAUCAAGUCACUUAAUUGGUAUGAAGACAACAACUACAAGGCGCUGUUUGGAAACCAUGGUAACGACAGCGACAGCGAGCCUCUAUCUGCCUACGACAACUCUUCAACUCCCUAUUGUAACAACAUGAUGCGUAGCCUGGAGUCCAGCCCCAUUUCCAGGAUGAUCUGGAGGGCUUUGAAGCCUCUGCUCAUGGGGAAGAUCCUGUACACCCCUGACACUCCUGCUACUCAGAGAAUCAUCCAUGAGGUGAACAAAACCUUCCAGGAACUGGGUGUGCUGCGAGAUCUUGGAGGAAUGUGGGAAGAACUGAGACCGAAAGUCUGGAACUUCAUGGAGAACAGCGAGGAAAUGGACUUAGUCAGAACUCUGCUCCGAAACAAUGCCAGUGCCAGCUUUUUGAAUACACAACUCAGUGGGACAGAGUGGCGCGUUUCAGAUGUGUCUGACUUCCUGUCCAAGACUUCAGAAGACCAGAGACCUGCAGGUUCUGCCUACACCUGGAGAACUGUUUUCAAUGAAAGUGACCAGGCCAUUCAGACCAUCUCUCGGUUCAUGGAGUGUGUGAACCUGGACAAACUGGAGCCUGUUGCUAAUGAGGAGCGCUUAGUCAACAAAUCCAUGGGUCUGCUGCACCACCAAAAGUUCUGGGCAGGGAUUGUGUUUCCUGACAUUUCUCACAGUGACGGGUCUGACCUGCCUCCGAACGUCAACUACAAAAUUCGCAUGGACAUCGACAAUGUUGAGCGCACCAACAAGAUCAAAGACGGGUAUUGGGACCCCGGUCCCAGAGCUGACCCUUUUGAAGAUCUGCGCUAUGUGUGGGGCGGAUUCUCCUACCUGCAGGAUGUCAUUGAGCAGGGAAUCAUCCGAGCCGUCACCGGAACCAAGGAGAAGACGGGCAUCUACAUCCAGCAGAUGCCCUACCCCUGCUAUGUGGACGACAUCUUCUUGCGUGUGAUGAGCCGUUCGAUGCCCUUGUUCAUGACCUUGGCCUGGAUGUAUUCGGUGGCGAUCAUCAUUAAGGGCGUGGUUUAUGAAAAAGAGGCCCGACUGAAGGAGACCAUGAGGAUCAUGGGACUGAAUAAUGGCACCCUGUGGCUCAGCUGGUUCAUCAGUAGUUUAAUACCGCUGCUGAUCAGCGCCGGCAUGCUGGUGAUGCUGCUGAAGAUGGGCAACCUUCUGCCGUACAGCGACUCCGGGGUGGUGUUUCUGUUCCUCGGCUCCUUCGGUGUCGUAACCAUCAUGCAGUGCUUCCUGAUAAGCACCUUGUUCUCACGUGCCAACCUGGCUGCAGCCUGCGGGGGCAUCAUUUACUUCACUCUCUACCUCCCAUAUGUGCUCUGCGUGGCCUGGCAGGACUAUGUAGGAUACGGAGCCAAAGUCGUCGUGAGUCUGCUGUCACCCGUCGCUUUUGGUUUCGGCUGCGAGUACUUUGCGCUCUUUGAGGAGCAAGGAGUGGGGAUCCAGUGGUCCAACCUGCUCGCCAGUCCACUGGAAGAAGACAGCUACAACCUGACCACAUCCAUCUGUCUCAUGCUCUUUGAUGCCGUGCUCUACGGCAUCAUGACAUGGUACAUUGAAGCAGUAUUUCCCGGUCAAUACGGCAUCCCCAGGCCAUGGUAUUUCCCUUUCCUGAAGUCAUAUUGGUGUGGAGAGAAGGAGAACAAGAACAUCUCCACUCCCCUGUCCAAGAAGGGCAACGCUGAGGCUGUCUGUAUCGAAGAGGAACCAAGCCACAUUGAUCCAGGAGUUUAUAUUGAAAAUCUGGUGAAGGUCUACAGUCAUGGAAACAAGCUGGCUGUUGAUGGACUUUCUCUGAGAUUCUACGAAGGACAGAUCACAUCCUUCCUUGGCCACAAUGGAGCCGGAAAGACCACAACCAUGUCCAUUCUGACGGGUUUGUUCCCACCCACCUCUGGUACCGCCUACAUCCUGGGGAAAGACAUUCGCUCUGAACUGAGUACCAUCAGGCAGAAUCUCGGCGUUUGUCCCCAACACAACGUUCUCUUCAGCAUGCUGACAGUGGAGGAGCACAUCUGGUUCUACGCUCGCCUGAAGGGACUGCCCGAGGAGAAGGUGAAGGCUGAGAUGGAGCAAAUCGUGAAUGACGUGGGUUUGCCUCAUAAACGCAAGUCUCGCACCAGUACACUCUCUGGUGGGAUGCAGAGGAAGCUUUCUGUCGCGCUCGCGUUUGUUGGCGGUUCAAAGGUCGUGAUCUUGGAUGAACCUACCGCUGGUGUUGACCCUUACGCUCGCAGAGGCAUCUGGGACCUUCUCCUGAAAUACAGACAAGGUCGCACCAUCAUCCUGUCCACGCAUCACAUGGACGAGGCUGACAUCCUCGGCGACCGCAUUGCCAUCAUCUCUCACGGCAAACUGUGCUGCGUCGGUUCCUCGCUCUUUCUGAAGACGCAGCUGGGCACAGGCUACUACCUGACCCUGGUCAAGAGGGACUACGACUUGCCCCUUCAGUCUUGUCGUAAUUCUGCCAGCACUGUCUCGUACAGCAAGAAGACUGAGAAGGAGGACAGUGUAUCGGAGAGCAGCUCUGACGCAGGUCUUGGCAGCGAACCAGAGAGCGAGACCACCACAAUUGAUGUCUCCCUGAUCUCCAAUGUGAUAUUCAAGCACGUGCCUGAAGCUCGAAUGGUGGAGGACCUCGGUCACGAAAUCACAUAUGUUCUGCCGUACCAGUCGGCGAAAGACGGAGCCUUUGUCGAGCUCUUUCACGAACUUGACGACCGACUCACUGACCUCGGAAUUUCAAGCUACGGGAUAUCGGAUACCACUCUGGAAGAGAUCUUCUUGAAGGUUGCAGAGGACAGUGGGGUGGAUUCUGUGGAGCUUUCAGACGGAGUUGUCCCCACAAGGAGACGGCGCCAUCAUGCCUUUGGUGACCAUCAGAGCUGCCUGAAGCCAUUCACCGAAGACGACUUUGAUUUCAACGAUUCUGAAGAGUCCAGAGAGACGGACUGGCUCAGCGGAAUAGACGGAAAAGGCUCAUACCAAGUCAAAGGCUGGAGUUUGAAGAGGCAGCAGUUUGUGGCUUUACUCUGGAAACGGUUUCUCUACGCCCGACGCUCACGAAAAGGAUUCUUCGCUCAGAUUGUGCUUCCGGCAGUGUUUGUGUGCAUCGCGCUGGUGUUCAGCUUGAUCGUACCUCCGUUUGGAAAGUAUCCCAGCUUGGCCUUGAAUCCCAGCAUGUAUGGAGAGCAGUUCUCCUUCAUCAGUAAUGACAUUCCUGAAGACUCCCACACCAACAAACUUUACGGUGCUUUGACAAGUAAACCUGGAUUUGGAACUCACUGCAUGGAAGGAGAACCUAUUCCGGACACUCCGUGUACCGCCAUAGAUGGAGAGUGGUCUGUCCCGCUCGUGUCUGAGAAGCUAAGAGACAUUUUCGAUAAGGGAAACUGGUCCAUGGAGAAUCCCUCCCCUCUGUGCGAGUGUAGCUGUGAAGGGCGUAAGCGGAUGUUGCCAGAGUGUCCCGCAGGAGCAGGAGGCCUUCCACCACCAGAGAUGAAGGUCAGCGAGACUGACACUCUGCAGAACUUGACUGGCAGAAACGUCUCGGACUACUUAGUUAAAACCUACGCUCAGAUCAUCGGCAAAAGUCUGAAGAACAAGAUCUGGGUCAAUGAGUUCAGAUAUGGUGGAUUCUCACUCGGUGCCAGAAGCUCUCAGUUCCUUUCACAAAAAGACCGAGUGGACGACGCGAUCGCUGCACUGAGGAGACGCUUCCAUCUGGAGAGAGGAACCGCCGCCGACCGUUUCUUCCGCAGCCUCUCAAAUUUCAUCCAAGGACUGGACAGCAAAAAUAACGUCAAGAUCUGGUUUAACAACAAAGGGUGGCACAGCAUCACGUCUUUCCUCAACGUGAUGAACAACGGAAUCCUGCGAGCGAGCUUGCCUCCCGGAAAAGACCCCGCCAAGUUUGGCAUCACGGCCCACAACCAUCCUCUCAACCUCACCAAGGAGCAACUUUCACAAGUGGCGUUGAUGACGACCUCGGUGGACGUGUUGGUGUCUAUCUGCGUGAUCUUCGCCAUGUCCUUCGUACCUGCCAGUUUCGUUGUCUUCCUCAUCCAAGAGAGAGUGAACAAAGCCAAGCACAUGCAGUUCAUCAGUGGGGUGCAGCCCUUCCUCUACUGGCUGGCCAACUUCGUAUGGGACAUGUGUAACUACAUCGUCCCCGCCACUCUGGUCAUCAUCAUUUUCAUCUGUUUCCAACAAGAGGCCUAUGUCUCCUCUACCAACCUGCCGGUGCUCGCCUUGUUGCUGCUGCUGUACGGGUGGUCCAUCACUCCUCUGAUGUACCCAGCCUCGUUCUUCUUCAAGAUCCCCAGUACUGCCUACGUGGUUCUGACCAGCGUCAACAUCCUGAUCGGCAUCAACGGCAGCGUCUCCACAUUUGUCCUGGAGCUGUUCGGAAGCAAUGAAAUCGGAGGCAUCAACGACAUUCUGAAGAACGUCUUCCUCAUUUUCCCACACUUCUGUCUGGGCAGAGGACUGAUUGACAUGGUGAAGAAUCAGGCGAUGGCUGAUGCUCUGGAAAGAUUUGGUGAGAACCGUUUCCGCUCCCCCCUGGCCUGGGACAUGGUGGGAAAGAACCUCUUUGCAAUGGCCAUAGAGGGAGUGAUCUUCUUCUUCAUCACCGUUCUCAUUCAGUACCACUUCUUCUUCAAGGCCAGGUCAUCGAUCAGCCACUUGAAGCCGAUCGGUGAGGAAGAUGAGGACGUCGCCAGGGAGAGGCAGAGGAUCCUGAGUGGAGGUGGACAGUCAGACAUUCUGGAGCUGCGGGAGCUCACCAAGAUUUACAAGCGCAAGCAAAAACCAGCAGUCGACCGCCUGUGCGUCGGCAUCCCUCCUGGCGAGUGUUUUGGUUUGCUGGGAGUCAAUGGAGCAGGGAAAACCAGCACCUUUAAGAUGUUAACAGGAGACUCUGUGGUCACGAGUGGAGAGGCAUAUCUUGCUGGCAAGAGUGUCAAUACUGAAAUCGAUGAGGUGCAUCAGAACAUGGGCUACUGUCCUCAGUUCGAUGCCAUCAAUGACCUGCUGACUGGUAGAGAGCACCUGGAGUUCUAUGCCAUCCUGAGAGGAGUGCCGGAGAAGGAAGUCUGCGAGGUGGCAGAGUGGGGGAUAAGGAAGCUUGGAUUGGUCAAAUAUGUUGACAAAUCAGCUGGGAGCUACAGUGGAGGAAACAUGAGGAAACUUUCCACUGCCAUUGCUCUCAUUGGUGGACCACCGGUCGUGUUUCUGGAUGAACCAACGACUGGGAUGGAUCCUAAAGCAAGGCGCGCCCUGUGGAACGCCAUUCUCAGCAUUGUCAAGGAGGGGCGCUCUGUCGUUCUGACGUCUCACAGCAUGGAGGAGUGUGAAGCACUUUGCACACGGAUGGCCAUCAUGGUCAACGGCAGGUUCCGCUGUCUGGGCAGUGUGCAGCAUCUCAAAAACAGGUUUGGUGAUGGAUACACCAUCAUCCUGCGGGUGGCAGGGCCGGAUCCAGACCUUGGACCCGUCAUGGAGUUCAUCGAGCAGGAGUUGCCGGGCAGCACUCUGAAAGAGAAGCACCGCAACAUGCUGCAGUACCAGCUGCCCUCCUCGCUCACCUCCCUCGCCCGCAUCUUCUCGCUGCUGUCCAAGAACAAGGACGCGCUCCGUAUAGAGGACUACUCUGUCUCGCAGACCACUCUCGACCAAGUGUUUGUAAAUUUUGCCAAGGACCAAAGCGACGAGGACCAUUUGAAAGACGUCCACCUGAACAAACGGGACGCGGUGGUGGUGGACAUCUCCAAACUGAACUCAUUCCUCAUGGACAGCAAGACAAAGGAGAGCUGUGUGUGAUUCUACAGCUAAACACCACCCCCGCCCAUCUCUAAGACUGAAGUGCUCCCAAGAGGGGCCCAGGACAGACUUUGUCCUUUUUUUAUUUGUAUUUUUUUAGUCUUUUCUAAUUGAUGUCUUUACUCAGUGGACCUGUGUUCCAGCACCGCCUCUUGAAAAGGGUCGCGUUGCUGGAGGUCUUGUGACUGACACAAUGAAAACUCAAUGCAAAUCAAUGCAAGAAAUACACAUAUAUAUAUAUAUUUGUAUACAGUAUGUACCUAUAUGUACUGUAUAUGUGAUGUGAAGAAGUUUCUUUGAGGGCUGGAGACUGGUGCUUCUCCUUCAAGGGACCGAAAGGAUGGAAAGAAGAGACACUUGAAGUAAAACCAAUAACACAACUGGGUGUCAGGUUGACAGGUGACAGGAAGGCUUGUAGCUCUGCUUCUCAGUCAGCAGGUCAAAGAUCUCAGACGACGAACCAUCAUCUUUAAAGUGCUCGCUGCACUCUGUGUUCUAUUUAACAACAAUGCAAAAAAAAAAACAAGGUCACCUUCACUGCCAACUGCUAAAUAAUGUACUUUUGUAUUCAGGGUUGAAGCUCUUUUCAUCUCUUUGUCACGUAGAUGUUUUUUAAACCAGGUGAAGACACAACAGAAUCAUUUAUAAUCAACCUAUUUAAAGUCUGAACAAUGCAAUCAUGCUUUUGUUAAGUUUAACUUAUAUAUAUAUAUAUUUUUCAAGAUAAGAUCUAACUCAACGUUCCCAUUUUCUCAUUGUGAUAACAAGAUGUGUAGGGUUUUUUUUCUCUUGUUGUUAGUGUCCUUGACAUUCUCCAGCACAGUGCCUAAACUGUAUGACGGGGAGCGGGAAAUCUGCGCACUCCAUUUUAAAUAACAUCAGAAAGUCAUGGAGGCUGCCCAGGAAUGUACAACACGCAUCCAAGCACAAACGGCUCAUCACAACCUGACUGUUGAUACAAAAUAAAGUGUGUCUUUAGUUGUCAAAAAUAGACAGAAAUAUAUAUAUAUAUAGUGAUGUCAGGAUAUGUGCAGUCAGUCAAGAUGAAAGAUGGAUGCGUAAACUGGACUGUGGUAUUUACUGCAUGCUUUCACUGGGCGACAUCCGGACUAUCGAAGCUACUGUGCGCCCAAGCAUGUCGUCUCAGACCAGCAUAUAAGAGCUUACAGAUGAUCUCAUCCUGCUUCAAUGUUGUCGAGUGUUCUUGGAAAAAUGUGACGCUUUGCCAUUCUGACGAACCAGAUGUGUCUCAGAAAUGUAUGAGGGAACAAGGGCAGCAGUUCAAAAAAAAAGCCAGCGCAAAGUUUCACCCUGUGACACACAAAAAGGUUGUGGACAAACUGUACGUGCCAAAUGCAGCGGAAGGUGUGUGUGUUUAACCAACCAGCAUUAUCUCGUGAUUGUGAAUUCUAGAUUUCAAUCAAGGUCAGCAACUGUCCAAACAAAAGCUGCCAAGAUCUGGUCUGAGCCCGGUUCUGCCAGGAAGCAAAGUGCACCGUGUCACUGAGUGGGAUGAGAUAAACAGGGACCACUGGAAUUAAAAAAAAAUGUGCUUGGGAUGCUUUAUAGUGUAAAACUAUUUGAGAUAGCAAGGGUUAAAACCAAUGACCGGUUGUCGUAACGGGUGCUCAAUGUUAUAUUAUGACAUCGCGGAGUGGCUUUUGUCGUGUCCGGGCCUGGAGCGAGCCAAGUCUCAAGCCUCCCGGCUGCUGAACACGAGCACUUUAAAUGCUUGGUGGUUGCUUGUGAUCCCAGUGAUGAGGAGAUCCCCACAAAUCCUCUGCACUGGAACAAUGUGCAAAAUAAAAGCAGCGCCACGGCAUUAAAAAAAAAGAAAAAGAAAAAGAAAUCACAGCGAAAGUAUAAGCGGCAAAGACGAUAGUUAUUUCAAAAGAGAAAUGUAAGACAUUGCUAUUGUAGUGAUGUUCUCCUUCUGUGCUCAAUAUUAAUAUUUGUUUACAUUUUUAAGUAUUAAACAGCUGUUCCAGUC